ACAUCGCCGGAUGCUUCAAAAUUGCUGCAUUGGGGAAUUAGCGAGCUUCAACUUUACCCGGGAGUGGAAGAUGUCUCUAUAUGCUGACCAUAUUCGUGAAUUAUUAUUUCUUUCUAUUAAUAAGUUAUAUGCUUUGUCUCUUAUUUGCAUUGCCAUCACCACAAUAACAAAUGAACGAUCGUUUGUAAAUGAUCUGUUUGUUUGCCCGCUCGCUACGGAUGUUUCCACCGCAAUCAUUCUUUAUUAUGUACCCUAGAGUUAUCGUACUACCUUGUAUGAAGGAGAGUGACACUACCCAGUGUCCAUCAUGUGUCAGACAAAGCCUUUUGUCCACGGCACGUUCCUUAUUAUUUCCAGGUUUCUCUCGGGUCCUCUUUUUUGGCCUCCGUGUCAAGACAAACUAAAGCUAUAAAACAGCUUGAUAUCAUUGCAGUACACGUUCAUAGUUCUACACUGCUAUCGACCGCUUUACUCUUACAAAAAUCAUAUUUGAAUAUACGAUCCUGCCUUUCAUUCACAUCUUGUUUGAUAUCCCUGUGCCAACGAACCUAUGGUGUCCCUUGGGAAGCCGUCGUGGAUGACACGACGCUCAAAGAAUCGCGCUGCCGUAUCCCUUGAAAUCAAAGCACAAGCUCUGCUAAUCAUGGAACAGAUAUACCUUGAUAUCCAUCUUGCCUCUCUUGAAAGUCAGAAUAACUCACUAGAGCACAUGUCAACAAACCCCAACACCUUCGCAGCCACCGCAAGCCGCACCCUGUCAUCCGUCGGAGAAGCCAUGAUGAAUGAAGACGCCCCACGCGACCUUCAGCUACAGCGUUUUAUAGACCUAGGCAAGUCGCUAAGCUGGAUGAUUCUGGGGAUCUGCAGCCAUUCAACUCACUUCAUCGCCGCUGCUGCUGCUGGGGACGGCGACGGCGAUGAACUCUGGAAGGAGCUGUACACCCUAAUCCGCUCAAACGACAUCAGCAUUGAACUCUUCGCGGAAGUCCGUUGCCUGAGCUGGUCCCUCGCUGACCCCAUCGCGGCCCGGCUAGAUAAAGGUGGAAAGUUAGGAGUCGAAGAGCAGGAUACGUAUCCCUACGUCAUCGACCUGGCCCAAAAAGCCAUCUACCACCCCAAACACUUCACCAGGAGACAAGAAAACAUCACCAGAUCUCGCUUCUUUCGAGAUGUCUUCGACCCUUCCGAAAAUCUCCGCCGCCAACCCGGCGAUGGCAACUGCGCUAUAUGCACCAGCCCACAGAUAUGCGAAUGCCAGCUCGAGCUAGCGGAAGAGAAACACCCACUCCUCGAGCUGCGCGAGUACCCCGAUCGCGGCAUCGGCGUCCGCAGCCUCCGUUCCAUCAAAGCAGGCACCUUCAUAGGUGAGUAUGUCGGUGAGAUUCGCGAUCCGGCCUAUCGCCUCGGUUCUACCUACGGGCUCCAUCAUACCCUACAUGGACGGUCGAUUGGCGUCAUCGAUGCGGCUGUCUAUGGGAAUUGGACGAGGUAUAUGAACCACUCGUGUCGGGCGGGAGUGGUUUUUGUCUCCACGGUGGUGGGGGAUCGUGCGCGUGUGCUCGUGAGGGCUAUUAGGGAUAUUGAGAUGUUUGAAGAGAUUACGGUGGAUUAUGGGGAUGAGUAUUUUAUGCCGCGGCAUAGGGUGUGUAAGUGUGGGGAGGAAGUAUGUCGGUUUAAAGAAGGGGGGGGAAGUGGAAUGGAGAGGGCGGUGGAGGAGGUGGGAGGAUAUCACACGUUGUAUAAGUCUUUAUCUGCUGCGCAGCGCUAUCUUUAGGAGGAGAAUUCCCCCCCCCCAAGGCUAUAUGUACUGUGCACUAGUCGGUACGAGUUUCAGUAGCCUACCUACAUAAAUUGCCCCUAUCCAGAGAUGUUCUCACAACUCGGCAAGGCGUGAAUAUUGGAGAGGAAACAGAUGUAACAUUCCGUAAAUGCGACAUGGAAUUUUCCUAAUAUUGAUGAGAAGGCCACGAGAUUGAAGCAAGCAAUAGCGAAUUAGGAAUACCAGAAUCGUUGAUGGAAAAUAAAAUCCCUGACAACUAGCGUAAUCUAGCAUACAUAUUGGCAGAUGGGAAACAUUUCAGCGGUACAGAACUCCCACUCCAGCUUCCAGUAGUGCAUGGAACAAAAAAGAAAAAGAAAAAAAAAACCAAAACCAAGAACAAGAACAAAGAUUUCAACAUAGAUGGCAGAGAUGAGAAAGAUGUCCAGACAUGAAAGUAUGUACAACGAUAAGACAAAAAAUGAGCAGAUCAAGACAGAGGGACAACGAAAAUAGCACAAAGAAGGCAUCCAUACCCAACACGGCCGUACACGUUUCAUAUCAUAGCGUCAACAACGUAUAGCAAGAUAGAAAAUUUCUUCUUUCAUCUACAUGCCACCACACAUCAUACAGGCCGCUCAAUCCCUUCAGAAUGAAACACACACAGAUCCGUUCAAACACUCACUCACAGUAUCUCCACCAUCUCCCUCACGUCAGCAUCAACACCAACACCAACCCCACCACCAACUUUUCCCUUCCUCUUCCCCUUCUCCACAUCACCAUCAACCCCAUCAACCCCUUCCAGCGCCCUCCUCACUUCCAAAAAGAUCGCCCGCCCCAGCACCGGCGGCACCGCAUUCCCAAUCUGCCUCUUAACGCUCUUCCCGCAAAACCGAUGCUCAAGCGGGAACGUCUGCAGGCAUGCAAACUCGCGGUACGUGAACGUGCGCGUGCCGCUCGGGUGGUAGUUCUCGCCGCCGUUGCAGGUUAUGGUCUUUGCUUGCGUGUGCGGGUCGUAGGGUGGUCGGGCCAUCGGGCGUCUGCUGGCGUACGGGACGUCGUGGUCUGGGUGGUUAGGAGGGAUUGCGGAGAUGGCGUCGUGGAUGGUACGGUAGCGGGGGAGGACGGGGGUGUUGUAUGGUUGAGUGUUUGAGGUAUCUGGGGGGCCGUGGGUGGGUUUUGGGAAGGGGGGGAGGGGUUCGCCUGGUCUGUAAGUUGGUGGUGAGUUGAUGGUUGAGAUAGAACCGGGGAUGUAUAUAUAUGUAUACAUAUAGAAGAAAAAGAACUCCGUGAGGAUUGAGGGAGAAAAGCGGCUAAUAAUACAUACCCUGAUGCCAAAAUAACCAGCCGUUGACGAGACUGGGGGACCCCGUAAUCCUGACACCGGAGCAAUUUCCAACGACAAGAAUACCCCAGUUCCGCAAAGGCAUUUAUGGUCGCGAACAGGAAUUCCUCAUGCCUCUGUUGCAGUCCCGCCGUUUCCUCCAUGGUCACAACCCUAGGCUUAGUUCUCUCUAGCAGCUCGCGCGCGCAGAAGAUGCACGCUUCAUUAUCAUCGUCCGUGGCGGCGGCGAUCGUUUUCGCCGGCGAAAAAGUUUGACAGGGAGGGGAAAAGUGUAGGAUAUCCACCAUGAUUUCCGCGGGGCUGUUGGCGAGAAAAUCCGCCACGUCAGAUGUAUAGCCAAUUGCGCUCUCGAAAUUGAGCCGGAACGAGUCCAUGGCGGAUAGGGAGUGAUCAAAUCCCCAGUUCAAGCGGAGACCCGCUUGUAAUGCGCCCCUGGAUACCCCGCCUGCACCGCAGAAGCCAUCUCCAAAUGUGUACUGCUGGACGGUUGUUGAGGUACCGCCCAGGAUUGUCGGGGCGUUCGUUGACAGAUCUAUUAUUGUUGGUGUGAUUUCUUGACCGAUGUAGCUUCCACCCAGCCGCGUUUCACCUCUCCAGCGAAAUCGCAGCGAACAAGCGUCAACCGAAUAGCCAGAGUCUGCUUCGUGCGGACGGAGGAAUUGAAUUGCUUGCUCUUCCAUCCGUGGUUUGCGGGCAGACGGAGAAGCAGAAGUAGAGGCGGAAGGAGUAGUCCAUACCCUGAUAUACUUCGCGCGGCAGAAUAGAAUCCCCUCCCGCCGUCGCUCACCCUCCGUCGCAAAACCGCCAUUGUCACCAUGUAGCAUCGGAUAAAGCUUGUUCGUAAACCGAAUGAUCCUUAAGCCGUUAACUUCGUGUAAGCCCACCUCGUCGACCUGGGUAGUUAUACCCGCAGCAGCCUCCUCGUCCGAAAUAUUCACGAUCCAGCACAACUCAUUGAUGCGCUCAGGCAUCAAUCCGUCCAUGGUAUCUUGUCGCUGAAGCCGCCAACCCCGCAGUGAUAUCUCCCCUCCCAUACCCCUUGCGACCUCCAGAAUGCGGAGAAAAGAACCAUCGCGCAGCUCCACAGAUUUCCCACUCUUGUACGUUUUGCCGUCGGAAAGGAACUCUGGGAUGAUUUCUUUGACUUCGGAGGGCGCAGUAUGGUUGACGCAGGGGGCGAUAUUGGCUGUGAGGUUGGAGAGGAUCUGGGGCAAUUGCUCGUCAUCUACGAAGUCAUCCUCGUUGUAUCUUGCGGUGAAAUCUAGCUCCCUAUCUUCAUCGCCAUCUAGGGUGUCACUGCUGUCGCUCUCAUCUAUUACGAUGGGAGGUGGGCGGUUAUGUCUGGUGUGGUGGGAUUCAUGGAUCUGCUGACGGCGUCGACGGCGGGAUCUUGGAGUCAGCGCGAAUAGCGGAGGGGGCUCACGGCCUGGGGCUAUUUGGACCAUUUUCUGUGUUGGGGGUUGUAAAAGCUAAUAUUUGACAGAUGAAAGGGUUGAAAUUGAUAUCAGAAAGCUGGUGUUGGCAAGAUUCAGAGCUGAAGUGUUCAGCUUAAAACACUUCUGAUAUAGAUAGAGUAGAUGUGAUGAAAGCGAGAGGUAUCAGUCCUUAGUAGAUUCAAAAAGAUAGCAGAAGAAGAUCAGAGAAUACUGUCCAUCAACAAGAUAAAUAACGAACUUAAGAAUUCGAGAAUUUGAGACAGUCAAUGAUCAUAGAUUCUGUUGUGUUUGUAUGGAGCAAUGAAUGCUUCAGACACUGUUUAUACAUACAUUAUUAGUCUAGAAAAAAACUUCAGAUUCUGACAGUUAAUCAAGUCAGUGUCUGAACAUCAACUGCUCAGAUCUUAACUCUUUAUUAAAGAGAGAGAUAGCUCAUGAUUACAGCUUUGCAGCUGCAUUCUCUCUUCAUCUCCCUAGAUAGAUAGAGAGCUUAUGCAGUAGAGUAGAGUAAGUCACUUGUUAUUGUUCUUUGAAAGAGGACAGCAGAUCCAAG